UACCGAUGCGACUCUAGCCAAUGGGAUGUGUUCACAGGCAAAUCGGGGAGGGUUGUGAUUUAUCGUUUAUAGUUUAAAUCCAUUCGGAGUAUUUUUUUGUGUUCUGUGUUCUAUUUAGGUUAACAAUCUGUUUUUCUGAUGGCAAACCACGUUUGAGUAAAGUAUUUUCAUGUAAAACUAGAUCAGGUGAAAUUAGUUUGCGUUUCAUUUCUGUUGAAUUUCAAAUAAUUGCGAAUGAAACUGAACGUGAAAAAAACGGAAAUGUAAUUGAAAGUAUUGUAAAUUACUACAGUUGCAUAUUAAACCGGACAAAUCUUAAAAAUUAUAAAACUUAUAUAAACUGACAUAACUGACAUUAAAUAACCUACAUUGAUCUGUCUGCAAAGACUCGUACAUAACAGGUAAAAUGCAAAACAACACGACAAUUCACAAAUCAAAAUUUUAAAGGUGAGCUGAUUACAAUAAUUAUAUAUUCAUGGCCGAGCCAGACGUCACAGCAAUACGUAGAGGCUAAUGCCGUUGACGCAAAGGCAAUAUCGGCUUCUAUUGUAUUAAUGGUUGAGCAGUACUGAUACCGCUAAAGAAUAUAUAUAUAUAUCAUACAUAAAUAAAAAUCAUUAUACACGAAAUCGAGGUUCUCCGAUCGGCAUGGGCGAGCAGGAUUAAGCGGCGCUCCGCAUAGAGCCGGCUUCACUGCGCGUUUAUUCGCCUGCAGAGCGGGGACCUGCGCUUUGCAGCAUCCAGCACCCAGCAUCCAUGGCUUGACUUCGCAUCCGGCUCCUCCAUCCAUCUAUCUAUCCGUCCAUCGCGCAGCUCUUCGGUGCUUCUCUGAUCUCCAUCGGCACGUCGGGUCGAUGUGAUCCUACCCAGACGUCGCUUCGCCCCCUUUAUUCCGAUGGAGCACAUUAGGACACCGAAGGUGGAGAAUGUCAGCCUGAUUGACAGGGCGUCCGCGCGCAAGCCUUGUGUGGGGACACUCUACCUGACCGCCACCCACUCCAUUUUCGUGGAGCAUGACGCAGAGCGGCACAGAGAAACCUGGGUUUUGCACAGCUUGGUGUCUGCUGUGGAGAAGCUACCCGCUACGCCGGCGGGCUGCUCACUCCUCCUCCGCUGCAAGAACUUCCAGGUGAUCCAGUUUGUCAUCCCCCAAGAGCGGGAUUGUCAGGACGUCCACGCCCUGCUGACACGCCUCUCGCGACCGGAGAGAUACACGGAGCUCUACUGCUUCGCCUUCAACCCCAACCUGGAUGCAGAGGCUAGAGAAGAAUCCUGGAACUUCAUCGACCUCAAAGCGGAGUUCGUCCGCAUGGGGCUUCCCAACAGCCUCUGGCAGAUGAGCACAGCCAACCGAGAAUAUCGGGUGUGCGACACCUACCCCGGUGAGCUGUACGUCCCCAAGUCGGCUACGCUCCCUGUUGUGCUCGGCAGUGCCAGAUUCCGCAGCAGAGGACGCUUACCGGUUCUGACGUAUUACCACCGAGACAACAGCGCCGCCAUCUGCCGCAGCAGCCAGCCGCUCUCAGGCUUCAGCGCUCGCUGUCUGGAGGACGAGCAGAUGUUACAGGCUAUCAGCAGCUCCAAUCCAGGCAGCUCCUUCAUGUAUGUGGUGGACACCCGGCCUAAGCUGAACGCCAUGGCGAACCGGGCUGCAGGAAAGGGCUACGAGAGUGAGGAUAAUUACGCCAACAUCAAGUUUCACUUCCUCAGCAUCGAGAACAUCCACGUCAUGCGGAGCAGCCAGCAGAAGAUGCUGGAAGUGUGCGAGCAGAAGUCGCCCUCGAUGGCAGAGUUCCUCUGGGGCUUGGAGAGUUCGGGCUGGCUGAAGCACAUCAAAGGAAUCCUGGAUGCUGGCGUUUUCAUCGCCAAGGCGGUAGCAGAAGAGGGCGCCAGCGUGCUGGUCCACUGCUCCGACGGCUGGGACCGGACCGCCCAGGCCUGCUCUGUGGCCAGCGUGCUUCUGGACCCUUACUACCGGACCUUGAAGGGCCUCAUGGUUCUCAUCGAGCGGGAUUGGGUGUCGUUCGGGCACAAGUUUUCCCACAGGUACAGCCACGUGGACGGUGACCCCCGUGAGGUCUCCCCAGUGAUGGACCAGUUCCUGGAGUGUGUCUGGCAGCUCUCGCUGCAGUUCCCCUGUGCCUUCGAGUACAACGAGCGUUUCCUGCUGCACCUCCACGACCAGGUCUACUCCUGCCAGUACGGAAACUUCCUGGGCAACUGCCAGAAGGACCGUGUGGACCUCCGACUCAGGGAAAAGACCCACUCGGUAUGGUGGAAUCUUUGGAAGACGCGAGCGGACUACACCAACCCUCUGUACAGGCCAGACCACAGCCAGACGCAGGGCGUGCUGCGGCCCACCACCGCCCCCUACUGCUUCAAGUUCUGGAGGGCCAUGUACUGCCGCUCAGACCCAGGGAGGCAGCGCCCUCCCCCCUCGAUGACGGACGUCCUGACCGCUGUCAGGGAGGAGUCCCAGCAGCUGGAGGCGGAGCUGAGCGCCCAGCAGGAGAAAAUAGCCAAUCUGAGCAAGAUCCUGGCGAGGAAGGCGGGGCCCAUGAUGAAGACAGCGGAUGAGCGCGGCGUGGCAUCCGGCUCUCCCCGCCGUACACAGCCUUGUCUCCGGGGGGAGUCGGAGAGCCCCCUCAAGCGCUCUGACCCCGACCUCUCGGCCAGCAGUGACCAGGAGUCUGGUGUGACCGACUUGAGCUGCCUGUCGCCCAGCAGCGGGGAGGAGAGUACCAAGGACCCCGAUUCGGAUGAGGCCGCCUACUCCACUGCCUGAGCGGGCCGGCUGGCAGAGGCCAUAUGAUGCGGGUGCUGCGGGUGAGCUGCCAUACCACACUGCAAUGCCAUCGAAAGCGCCAUCCUCCUGUCUACACCACCCAGCAGGGGGCGCCAGUGUAAAUAGCGGCAUCCUACAGCAUCACUUCACGUACCCCAGUGCAUGCUGCCUGUCUCUGUAACAAUGAAGAAGCCCCACCCCCUCAUAAGGCAACAGUGUGGUCUCCUGCAGCCUUCGGGUUGUAAUUAUACUCUCAGUGGCAAUGAAGUAGCAGGUAACUGGGCUGGCAGCGUGGGCCUACGCUUUAUCCGGGGGGGGGGUGGAGGAAGGAGAGGCUGCUCCUUUUUCUGACUGUAGGCACUUCCGUCAUGUGGUGGACAUAGUGAUUGGUUGAUUUUAAAAGCCCCCCUCCCACACCAGUCCUUUACAGUUAUGUUUGUAGUUUAAGUCCACUAUUUAUUGUCAAGGGGCUGACUUUUCAGUGCAGGAACAUUAAAGUCUUAUCAAAAGAGGUCUGCCUAGUGAGAAGCUCCUCGUAUUGUGGUGGUGGGGGGGGGGGGGGAUGGCCCACAGCACCCCCUUCUGGGGGGAAAACACCCCAGAACAUUUAUCGGCAUUUUAAUUACAAUAAUAGUAAGUGUACAGCGCUAUUUCUGUUAUUUGAUGUGCGUGCUGUCGUGCUGUAAGUAGGAAUAAAGUCGGCUGGCAUUUUUCUGAAUCAGUGCCAUGGUGACUGUAUUAAUCCGCUCGGGGGGGUGACUGUAUUAAUCCGCCGCCCCCCCAAACUGUAACGUGUCCUCAUUCAAUGGCUCAGUAAAGGACAUUUCCUCAGAAA